CACACACACACACACACACAUCAUCGUUCGAUUUCUCCUUUCUGCUACCUCUACCAUGGCAGACGGAACAAACGAACUUAAUAUCCAAAUUCCACCAGAGGAAGUCUUAGUAGGAGCUGCUAUUUUAAUGAAUAAUUCCCAAGCUAGCAGUUCUUCACAGCCCCAUGAUAACACAUCGCCAGUACAGAAUUCUGAAUCGCAGAUAAAUACCUCCAUGAAGCAGCCAGCUGAUGUUGGAUAUCAAGCACCCAACAAUUAUUAUGUGCGCAAAACCAUCGAAAAGAUGGUUAUCGUCGUUGAAUUAGGAGCAUUUCGCUUCAUUAUGGUGCUUUUAAUAGCUGGCUUCUCGAUAAAUAGAUUGCAGAAUUACAGGAUUUGGGAUUUGAAGUUAUGGCGAUGGUGUUUAUUAAUAUCCACUAUUUUCUGCGGCAGAGUAAUCGGAUAUCUGUUCACAGAAGCUGUGGUUUUUUUAAUUUGGAAAUUCAGAAUCAAGUGGCUUGAUGAGAAAUCAAUUUAUUUCGCAUAUAGAGUGAAAAAGAGUAUCAUUGUUUUUAUUUGGUUUCUUUUAGUUUUUCUAGCUUGGGCUUUGUUUUUCGAUCGCGGAGUUACCCGAAGCAAUACUAAGACUAACGAGACUGUGAAUGAUGUGACCAGAGGUCUUGCAGGUUGUCUUAUUGGUGCUGCUCUGUGGCUAGUCAAAACUGUGUUAGUUGAGCUUGUAGCUUCUCUGCAUGUGACAAAAUUGUUUGAGAAAAUCAGAGAAGCAAACUACCAUAGAAAUGUUCUUAUAGCUCUUUCAAGAAAAGAAGUAUUAAAAGAGGACAAAAUGGAUGGUUUUAUGGAUGCAAUUCGAGCUAAAAACCUGCCUCCUCUCACCUUCUACGGUGACAAAGAGGUUGAAGAAACCAUAAAAAAUGAACAGCAAGCAAAGAAAGCUGCUAAUCACAUUUUCAAGAACCUUGCAUAUCCUAAUGAUGAGAAGUAUAUGGACUUGGAAAAGAUAUUAAAAUAUGCCAGAGUCAAGGAAAUGGCUGAUCAAUGCCAAACAAUAAAGGAAGUUGGUGACCAUUUCCAGGCUGUUGCAGAAGAUAGACAGAAUUGCAGUGAUAAACAAAUAAAAAGAUCAAUUUUCAGGAAAUGGGCGGUUAGUGUUUAUAACAAUUAUGAUUCGCUUAAUAGCGCCUUGAGACAUAGAAAAACAGCCGUUGAUGAACUGAACAAGCUGGCUUCUGUAGUCAUACUCGUCACGAUUACAAUUGUGUGGUUACUUUUCAUGGAAUUUUUAACUACAAAAGCAAUUGUCUUUUUAUCUUCUCAGCUUUUACUUGUGGUUUUCAUGUUUGGAAAUACUGCAAAGCUUGUGUUUGAAGCUAUCAUAUUCGUUUUUGUGAUGCACCCGUUUGAUGUUGGAGAUCGCUGCGUUAUUGAUGGCACCCAGAUGGUGGUGGAGGAGAUGCAAAUAUUGACCACGAUAUUCUUGAAGAAUGAUGGUGAAAAAAUAUAUUAUCCAAAUUCAGUUUUAGCUACAAAACCUAUCAGCAAUCUUUACAGGAGUCCGCCAAUGACAGAUUCUGUGGAAUUUGCUAUUGAUCUUUAUACUUCAGAUCAUAAAAUUACAGAUCUGAAAUAUAUAAUAAAAGAGUACUUGAAGAGCAAUCCUAGGCGGUGGAAACCUGCGCACAGCUUGCAAUUUAAGGAGAUAGAGAAUAUGAACAAGAUGAAGAUGGUUCUUUAUUUUAAUCACACCAUAAGCUUUCAUGAUUUUGCAAAAAGAGGACAGCGAAGAUCUGAGCUAGUCUUGCAUUUGAAGACUGUUUUUCAAAUUCUUGAAAUCAAGUAUAAUCUCUUACCUCAACAGGUUCAUGUUACCUAUUCCGGAUCUAUGGCUCAAUAAAAAAAAAAAAAAAAAAAAAAAAA